AUGUCGACUACAGAAAUCGAUAGCCCAGAGCAAGACUCUAUUAACGCAGCCGAGCUUGGGAAAGAAAAGGCCCCUGUCGAUAUUCCCGACCUAGAGGAAGCACCAGAUGGUGGUCUUCGAGCAUGGCUUGUCACAAUAGGGGCAUCCUGUGUUUUCUUCUCAGCUCUAGGGUUUUCAAAUGCUUUUGGAGUAUUUGAAGAAUACUACUUGACUCAUCAGCUCAAGGGACAAUCGCCUGAUAAAAUCGCGUGGAUUGGCUCCCUAGGUGUAUUCCUCCAGUUCGUAACUGGUAACAUUGGAGGUCCCCUAUUUGAUCGUUAUGGCGCAUGGAUUAUGAGGCCAGCUUUUGUCCUUUACGUCUUUGCUGUUAUGAUGACAAGUUUGUGCAAAGAGUACUACCAAUUUAUGCUUGCACAAGGUAUACUCUCGGGUAUCGUCAUAGGAUUCCUCCAAUUCCCUGCGAUGGCCGCGGUAUCACAAUUCUUCAAUAAAAAACGGGCUGCCGCUCUCGGCGUAGUAGUAGCUGGUUCAUCCAUCGGUGGUGUUGUUAUACCCAUCGCGUUGUCUAAAAUGUUGAACAGUUCCUCCCUCGGAUUCGGCUGGUCGGUACGAGUAAUUGGGUUUAUAAUGAUACCUCUCCUGGGAUUCGCAUGUUUCGCCAUCACGUCUCGAUUACCACCGAGAACUACAUCCUUUUUCCUCUGGAAGGCGUUUAAGGAACCAAAAUUCCUUCUACUAUCGCUUGCCUUGUUCUUCAUGUUGCUCGGCGCUUUCACCCCACUGUUCUACAUUCCGACGUACGCAGUUUCAAGAGGCGUAGACCCGACAUUGGCUUCUUACCUCGUCGCCAUCGUCAACGCAGCCUCUACAUUUGGCCGUGUUAUCCCGGGUAUCCUAGCAGACAAAUUCGGCCGACUCAAUAUUUUCGCAUUCGGUGCUUUCAUCUCGGGCAUCAUCACUCUAUGCUGGAAUAAGGCGGAAACUACGGCGGCGCUGAUAGUAUACUCUAUUGCUAUCGGAUUUAGCUCCGGAACGAUUAUCUCAGGAGGCACCGCAGCUUUCACGGAAUGCGCUACUAAUCCGCAAGAGCUUGGCACAUACAUAGGAAUGGGAAUCGGACUUAGUUCCUUUGCGGCUCUCAUAGGCGCUCCUGUGAACGGUGCUAUUGUUAAUAGGUAUGGAGGAUUUCUUGAGGCGUCUAUCUUUAGUGGUGUCAUGAUAUUAGCGGGUGGUGGUAUUGUCCUUAGAUUCCGACACGACGAAUUGAAUACUAUGGCCAUGAGGUCCUCCCUAGAGCCUCAUGGGCCGAAGGGAACAUUUGAACGGUUAGCGAUAAAGACAUUCGCGGUUAUUGGCACGCUGAAGCCAUUCCGUGGAAAUGCAAGACUAGUCGGUAUCGCAUUUUUCGUACUAGUCGCUGUGUCAGUCUUUUCGUUGGAUGGUUUGAUGCAAAUCGGUAUUGUUCCCGAUCGUGCCAGAGUGUUGAAAUGGGAGGGCAGUGAGAACGAGGGCGUAAACGUGCAUGCUGGACUCAGGAUAGUUGUGUUUGGAGGCGGCGAUAUUGCUACGCCAAAUCGAGCGUCAUGGAAACUUGGGGGUCCGAAUGCAGCAUGGACAGAUAUUCUAUGCCUGCAGUUGAAUUGCAAUCUUUACCUCUCGUUCGUGCCCUUAAUCGAAAAUAGUAGCGGUGCUAUCGUAUCAAACUCCCUCUUUGAAGCUGCCCUAGCUCGUACUUCAUCGUUCGAUAACGACAGUCUUUCGGGGCUCAACUACUCCUGGCUAGCUGAGAAUUACCCGGCACCAUUUCAUCAAGAUCUAGGCCAUCAAGUAGAAGCUUUCCUCUCAAACCCACGAUCUCCAUAUCCACCUCGAGAAACUUUAUGGGUUUUUAAUAUCGGGUUUUGGGAUAUUUGGCAUCUGGCCGCAUUACCUCGUAAACUUGCCUCGCGCGUCAUUGAGACACAAACACAGCAUAUAUUUUCGCACUUAGAACUUCUGUAUGAGGAGGCGCACAAUAACGAGUCGAUUGCCUUCUCGGAUUAUUACGCCGGUAUGGAUCCGGCUGUGAUGCGCGCUUCGCCGGAGAGCGAUUUACCCCGGGCGCCUUUCCGUGUACUCAUACCAAAACCAUUCGACAUAUCGCUUACCCCGGGAUUCGAUAACGCUCGUUUUACACCUCCGUUACCGCAUACUAAAGCCGAACAGUUGCGUAACGCGGCGUUCCUGACUCAGCAUUGGGAUAAAGUGAUACAGGAUAUGCUUAAUGAAUGGAUACGUCUUCCCGACCCAGAGGAAUUCGACACCGGGGAAGACAGGCUAUCCGAAAUUGAGGAUGUAGACCUUCUGCUGGAAAAGAAGAGUAUGAAAGUUAAUGGAUUUCUUGCACCGCCCGCUCGUCGCGAAGCUAUUACCUACGAUGUCUCCAGCUACGUCCGCGAUCUCAUUGUCGACCACCAACUGCGGAGCGCAGAUAUUGUUGAUCAUAACGGAUUAGGCUCGACGAUGGUGGCGGAAGGGUAUUCGGAGGGGUGGGAGCCUUGUAUUAAGCGAAACGAUACAUUUCUUGCCAAUACCGAGAGCGCUGCUGGAGAUGAUGACGACUGGAGUGUGUGCAGCGCACCCAAUAAGCACUUAUUCUGGUCCGAGUUUACGGUGAAUCGGCGGGCGAUUUUUGAGAUUGGGAGGCGCGCUGCUGAAUUGUUGAAACGGCAUAUGCAAAUGGAUGCAGAAUGGUAUUUGAAGGCUCAGCAAGCUUCUUCGUCGCUGCAUCGGGACUCUAUUGGGGGUACUUGA